AUCUGUGAGCAGAAGAGAUGUUCAGGACAACAACACAGCCGGCGAGCGAGUGGCAGGGAGAAAGAGAGAGAGAGACUGCCACACUGACGGCUGGAGGAGAAAAACAGAAAUAAAAAAGGGAAGGAGAAACGCUUUGCUUUCAGCUUGUAAGCACUGGCUGGGUGUUUUUUUUCUCUUCCCUGCGCGCCCAUGUGUGUUUUUCUUAUCCACUCGCUCGUGUGUAUCAAACAAUGACUGUAAAAAGAAGGGGUAUCAAGCUCAAAUCCUCCAUCAUCAAUCCAUCCACACACGGGGAGAGAGAGCGUAGAGACGCUUGCUCACUACACACCCUUUCUGAAGGAGAAAAAGCUGCGGCUGUGGAUGGACCCGUUUUAACAGAGGAUUGCCUGCUACUGAUGAAGAAGGAGCGCUUUUUCUGCACAGUGGCUUCAUUGAUUUCUCUGAUUCGAUUUUGAUUAGAGGAAAGGAGGGUUGGGCUUUUGUUUGUUCAUUUGCUGUUUGGCUUAGCGUAAGGCCCACAGCACGGCACAAAGCUUUCCUCCGGGAGACCAGUGAGACGGUGAGUGACACUGGCUCUGUACAGCCCUCCCCUGGCUGCAGCUCUCAUUUGUUUUGCCUCUUUUGUGUUCACGACUCGCGGUUAUCCAAGCCCUCCCACCCGCGCUGAAUUGAGCUAUUGUCUGGAUCUCAGGGUCUCUCACGCUGCCCCCCCCCCAAUCCCACCCACAACCCCUCAACCCCCAAACCUCCUUUUGACAAACCAAAACCACCCUCACCAACCCCUCCCUCCUCUAUCGUUUCCCGCUCCCUCCUCUGGUGGUUGUGAGGCCACAUCAUUCGUUUGUCUCUGGUCACACGUGAAGCUGGAGGCUAUAAGCCUGGAUUAAUGGCAGACGGUGGAGGGUAAUUCAUCUCUGGACGCUGCCUCUGCUUUUGGAUCACUCAAGGAAAAGGAAAGGAAGGGGACCUUCCCACAUCCUUCUAUUUCUGCCGGAGCAGCAGGGCUAGCAUUACCACUGUUUGUCUGUGAGAUCGUGCCGUGUGUCUUUGGGUGUGUGGUGUGUAUGCGUGUGUGUAGCAGGGAGCAAGACGGAGCGAUAGAGGACGAGGGAGUGUAAUACUACGUCAGUGUCCUAGCUCUAUCUGUCUGCUGCCAUGUCUCCAGCCUGACCUCGGCUGAGGUGUAUCUGGACCACAGAGGUGUGGUUGAGGGGUCCUCCCCCAGGGUGGAUGUGGGGACACGGGGUAACAACAACCCUCAGGAGGUCAGCCUAACCCUCCCUCCCUGCCUCCCCAUGAAGAAGACACGUAGCACCACCCUGCGUCGGGCCUGGCCCUGCUCGGAUUUCUCAGACCGGGCUUCAGAGCGCACCCGGUCACGCAGCGAGAAGGACUACCGCCUCCACAAACACUACCCCCCUCAGUACAUCUGCCAGUCCCCCCGGGGGUACUUGACAUCAGGUGAUGUAUCUCCCAUCAGCAUGUCGCCCAUCAGCCAGUCACAGUUCAUCCCUCUGGGGGAGGUGCUGUGCCUGGCCAUCUCAGCCAUGAACUCAGCCCGCAAGCCUGUCACCCAAGAGGCCCUGACAGAACACCUGGCAACAUGUUUCCCAGGUGUGCCCACGCCAACGGCGGAGAUCCUCCACCACACCCUGAGCAUGCUGGUCCGGGAGAGGAAGAUCUACCCUACGCCGGAGGGCUACUUCAUCAUCACGCCCCAGACCUACUUCAUCACGCCCUCUCUCAUCAGGACCAGCUCCAAGUGGUACCACCUGGACGAGAGGAUACCGGACCGCCAGCAGCAGCAGCAACAACAACAACAACAACAGCAGCAGUGUACCUCCCCCCUCUCUGGAACCAUCACCCCCUCUACCUCUGGCUGUGUCAGGGACAGGUCCUAUCCUAAGAACCAUGGAGACUCUUAUAAUAGUUACCGUGAUGACCCCCCCAGCCACCACACCACCCUCACCAGGAAGUCCCCCAAGGAGCACCGAGAGGCCUACUCGCCCCACUCGCCCCACUCGCCUCACUCACCCCACUCCCCUCACACCCCCACACAGCCCCAGCACACCACGGAGAAGACCCGGAGCACCCUCAGCUUCCCCUUCAAGUCGGACACACUGACCAAGCACCGCGAGGGUGGCAGCAGCGGGGAGAAGCAGUCCAAGAAGUUUGGCCUUAAGCUGUUCAGGCUGAGCUUCAAGAAGGACAAGACCAAGCAACUGACCACCUUCUCGGCCCAGUUCCCCCCGGAAGAGUGGCCUCUGCGGGACGAGGAGACGCCCACGGCCGUGCCACGCGAUGUGGAGAUGGAGAUCAUCAGACGGAUCAACCCGGACCUGACGGUGGAGAACGUGGCGAGGCACACAGCCGUGAUGAAGAGGUUGGAGGAGGAGAGGGCCCAGAGGAGCAAGGCCAGCUCGUCUGCCCAACACAGCGCACGCAGCAGGAGGAGCCGCGGACACCGCAAGCCCCAGGGUAAGCCCUCACGCUCCCACAGUAAGACCCGCGCCUCCCGGGGAGACCCCUCUGAGGGAUCCAACAUGGACCUGGCGGCUGAGAGGGACUACUGGGCCUACAGCUCCUCCCUGGCGCACUCGCCGCGGGACGCCGCCGCCUCCAGGGAAUGCAGCCGUGCCCGCCACCUGGCCCACAGCAACCCCAACAUCAUGGAUUCCCACCUGCCCGUCACCCCGGAGUGGGACGUGUCGGGAGAGCUGGCCAAGAGAAGGACGGAGAUGCCCUUCCCCGAGCCUUCGCACGGGCCGUCCCACUCCAAGGUGCACCGCAGCCACAGCCACACACAGGAGAGGAAGUCUCGCAACGAGCGCUCAGACAACAAGGCCAAAGAGAGGUCCCGCUCCAUGGAUAACUCCAAAGGGCCCCUGGGGGUCGGGCUGAUUGGGCCCCCGGACUACUUUGAGCGCAGCCCUGAUGAGAGGGACAGAGAGAGGAGCCGCUACUACACAGACGACGGGACCUUGAGGGCCUCAACCCAGGCCUCCCACUACUCCCACUCGCGGGCCAUGCCCCCUGCUGCUAAGUUAACCUCUGAUGUGUGUGGGCCCGACGGCGGGAUGACACUUGAAAAGAACAAAAGUAGAGACAUUUUACCUGCCUACGACAGCUUGAAGGCUUACUCUCCCAAACCCAUGGCUGAGGACUAUUUCCAGUGCAAUGCAUCCAACGAAGUGGUUUUCACUGCUCCCAGCCCCUUAGGAAAACACAAUCACGAUAGCUUACUUAAGGUGAAGGUGGGCUGUAUGUCCGACAGACAGACCCCUCAACCCCCAGAGUACAAAGAGGAAACUACAAAGGGACAUAACGGCGUUAGUUUACCCAUGCCCUGCCAGAUGCCUGAGCCUUUGCCAAAUGGACGUUCGGUACAGCACCACAACACCAACUCCGGUAGCAUGGACAAGAGGAAGGAGAUCUUCAGCAAAGACACUCUGUUUAAACCGCCGCCCAACGCGCUGACAGGAGCCUAUGGGGACGGCAGCUACUCCAGGUCAAGCACGCUGAGGAAGACCCAGGUCAUGUUGUCAGCCGAGGUGCUGGACAGCCAGGAGCACUUUGAGCAGCCUGGCCCCCUGCUAGCUGUGCCCCGGCCCCCCUCCUCUGGACCCUCGGGGAUGGAGCAGGCUGGCUCGUGCCAGGCCGGGGAGGCCGCCUUCGACUACUACAAUGUGUCUGACGACGAGCUGGAGGACGCUGCCUCGGCCAAGCGGGCAGAGCAGAAGCAGAAGGCCCCAGAGGGUUGUGGUGGGGGAGGAGGGGGCACCAUGCAGUGGCUGCUGGAGAGGGAGAAGGAGAGGGACCUCCAGCGCAGGUUUGAGAGGAACCUGACCUUCCCCAACCCCAAGGAGAGCGACCACAACAACCAGAGCCAGCAGUCGGCCCACUCGGCCAGGCUGGACAGCAUGGACAGCAACAGUGUUACAGUGGACAGUGGAUUUAACUCUCCACGCACACGAGAGAGCCUGGCCUCAAACACCUCCAGCAUUGUGGAGAGCAACAGACGUCAGAAUCUGGCUCUGAGUCCCGGACACCUGGGAAUCGCCACGGGCAAUGGUCCACCUUUCACCUACCGGACCAUUCCAGAGCCGCCCACCGCCCAACCCGAGAAACUGCAGAAACCCUCAAACUGUUUGACCUCCAUAACGAGUGUGUGACAGUGGCCGGAGUGGGAGGUAAAAAAAGAAAGAGGGAAGUGUUGGGUUUGGAUGUAUACCCUACACCUCCACCUGUAACUGGGACGGUUACAGCAUACAGACUGACAGGAACUUCACAACAUACACCAGCCAGCUCAAGGACUGGUACUACAUCUGUCAUUCAAUGCUUUUGGAUUAGUUCUCCUCAUCUUCUGUUGGGUAAUAUUUGAAUUUGUGAUGCUCACUACUACAUUGUAACACCACUUAUUCUCACAAGAGGAUAUUUAUAAAAAUAUGUAUUAAAGGCAGUGAUCUUUUUCAAACCCAUUCUAAACCUUGAAAGAAAAUCAUGUAAUUCUACCGGUCCUUUUAGGUUUUUGUUUUUACUGAGCAGUAUGUAUUUCUUUAAUGUGAUUGAUUUGACUUUGACCUACCAGUUGAUAUUCUGUUAUUUGUUUUGGUGUCAAAUUUAUAAUUGUAUAAUCUCAGGUCACGUGUAAUAAUUACACUCUUACAAUUUUUUUGGCUGUGUGGCUGUUCAGCUUACUAAACCUACUCUUUAGCCCCCUCUACUGGCUCACAUAGAGCUGUGACAUAGUGCCAUGCAAACAGAGUAGUGAUGGGAAGUUCAGCUCUUUUUACUGACUCUGAUCUUUUCGACUCGUUCAGUCAAAAUAACAAAUCUUUCGACUCAUUUCAUUCAUUUGAGUCAGUAAUGCCCAGAGCACGCAGGAUCCCCUGUCUGCAAACGAUGAACUAAAAACUCGAAAUAGUCAUGAUCUUACAAGCCUCUCGUUCACAUCGUUCACCGUAAGGGGCUUAUUGGAGUUGUCAUUUGUGAAUGAGACUUGUAAAAGCGUGUUUUAAACUAUGUACAUUUGUUGAUUUCUAUGCAUACGAAUAACAAUUUCUUUGGCAUAGCCGCGGGAGGUAGUUUGGGGGUGGGCGUUCUGCGAUUAUUUUCGCCGGGUGGGGGACCUGAGAUGUUUUCAGCACCCCUAAUUUCCACGGCUAUGUUUCAUGGUACAUUUGAAACGAGGUCUAGUUGUGGGCAGCAACCGGACUACAUUGUAAACGACUCUUGGCGGAAUGCAUUGCUUGACUGCCAUUAGGGUGAUUAGCACAAUAUCGUUCGCAAACUGCAUCACCCCAGACAAUUCGCUCGAGUUUGUUGAGAAGUGGCUGUGUAUGUUUUGGUUCUACAAAACUGUCCAUCAUAGCAUUCUAUAAUCAAUCAGUUUUAUUCAUUCUUGCACCAUGCGAUCAUAAUCAGUUCUACACGUCUUUUUAUUCUCUAUGCUGCCUGCAGCAUGAUCUAGUUUGCCUGCGCGCAUAUAUGACAGACAUUUGUUGGUCGGAGCACAUCUCGAGAGUCACCAGAGGAGCGCGUAUUAAUCCUGCUGUAGAAUUCAUUGCGGCCAGCAGGUCAAACUAAGCACUAAAAUGAACGGGUCACUCAGAAAAACGAGUCAGUAAAAAGAGUCGUUCAAAAAAAACGACUCAUUCGCAAACUGCACAUCACAAAUACAGAGCUCUGCUAGACAAGUAUGAAAACACUUUACCUGAACCCUCUGUCAUAAGUCCUACAUCAUGAUAAUAUAACAUAUAAUAAACCGUUAUGACAACUGAUUUACCACUAUCAUAACAGAAACCGUUGUUUAGGCCAGCAAAUACGCAUACUUGAGUAACGGUUUGUGUCAUGACUGUGUCAAGUGAGUUGCCAUAGGCAGACAUAAGGAGCUGCCAUUAUGGUUUAUAAUGUUAUCACAUUAUUAUGACAUUCUUACAUAGGGUGGGUUAGAGGGUACCAGACCUGGGCAAAUACUCAAGGUAGUCGAAUAUAGUUUAUAUAGAGUUUCAACUAAAAGGCAACUAUUUUCUUUGAUAUUCAAAUACAGGUCAAACAAUUUUUUUAAAAAUGUAUUUGAAAGUGUUUUGAAUAACUCUCAGAAAACCAAUUAACAUUUGAAGGUAUUUGAAUAUAUGCAAUUUAUUUGAAAACAAAAAAACAUUUAUUUGAUGGCUGCCAAAUAUUUUAUGAACCAAAAACUACAACAGUUACUUUGAAUUGGUGUAAAUAUAUGACCAUAAGCACAUGGUUUGGAGGGCUCAUAGAUAUUAAUAUAACCUAUAGCCUAGAAUUAAAUACAUGAAGGACAUGAAAUCACCUGAACAUUAGAGUAGACCACUUUUGCAGCUUCAAAAUGACUAACACAUAUAUUUUCAUAAUGAGUGAGACAUGUUAUACAGUAAUACUUGACAUCAAGUUCUUAUACAAUUAGAAUUGUACAAUCGCAACAGUUGUUACAUAGGACUUUGGAAAUUGCUUUAUAAUUGCAUUAUAUUGGCGUUAUUACAUACGUGGAAUAAGGAACUGUCCCACUUCCUCAUGUGUACAGUAGUUACAAAACCUCUCAGCUCAUUGCUAUGCAAUUAAAAUGCAUUGACCAAAGUAUUAUGUAACAACAUGCUAAUAAAAUGUUUCUCCAAAAGUAAUUUGUUUUGUUACACAGGCACAAAAACAGUUUCAUGUUAAGUGUUACCGAGAAUACUAACAGUAACAAAAUAUGGCUAUUAAGUGUCGAAAGGAAACAAAAUAUCCCCAAACUACUUUCUUGAAUCAAAUACAGCCAAGGUAGUUUGAAAAUCAUGUUAGUUUGUAUUCUGAGUAAACGAUUCCUUUAAAUAUGGUAUAGUGAGUGUUUGGAACAAGAACACUUACCCUCAGAUGGACAAAGAGGAUCAAAGUUGUUUUUUCUAAGCAUCCAACCUGCUGUUUGCAAAUGGCUUUGAAUUACUCUACAGUAUUUUCAGGUAUCAUAAAAUGAAUUGCAGCUUUCAACCUUUUCAGUGGCAUGUUGAAAAGUCAUACUGUAUCACAGCAUCACAACUUAUUUGUGUGUAUCUCUACAAAAUAUCAUUGGUUAAUUGGUUUGACUUGAUUAUGUACACCUGGGGCAAUGGACAUUCAGGACAUUUACUAAAUGUUCAGAAAUGUAUUGUGUAGAUCAAAUAUGACUGUCAGAUAAUAUUGGAAUAGUGCGUGCUCUAUUCUUUCCAAUUUGUAUCUUCAACAUGCAGUUCCAGAUACAGCCCUGCCAUUAGUUUAAGGCAGCCAAUCCAAUAUUUUGUUCAAAUAGUUUACAAAAGUAGUCACUUUCUGAGAUCUGUAGUCAAAUAGUUGUAACUAUUUGUUCCCCCAAUUUAUUUUUGUUUUCCACAAAUCAUAGUUAAAACUAUAGUUAUCCCAGGUCUGGAGGGUACAAGUGACAUGUUAUCCUAUGAAUGUUAAGAGUGCAGCAUGUCCAGUCCAUCCAACCUCUAUCUGUAGGGUACUAUUGGUGUGUCAAGAGUACCCCUGUGUUCCAUGGUACUGAACCCAGCCCCGAUGCUGCUGUAGUCUUGCUGCAUUACUUGAUAACAAAAUCCAAGUGUUUGAACUGGGCUCUUAGAGCUAACAUUUACAUAUAUAGAAUCAGGUCGCUCGGCACAUUUCGGUACAUUGUAAAUACAGAUUUGGGAAAUGCCUCUUUGCCCGACAGGGAGUUUCAAAGCGGUACUACACGGCAGUCAUGGCCAAUAAUGGAAAAAAAACGUAACUUUUAUUUUUAUUGGGGGGGGGGAAAUCCCACUAUUACUGGUGCUAUUACCUGUGGUAUUUUCCUGUUGAAUGCAUGUAAUGUUCAAAUUAACAACAAGGGACUUUUGAAUAUGGACAACGUCAAAAACCAUCUCCUUUAUAGAGGCAGAUCAUGUCUUCUCUCACCACCCCUCUGAUUUGUACAUUCAGGUUUCAUAUUUAACCCUAUGUUCUCAGAUACUCACUUAUACAACUACCUCCACAACAGCAAAAAGAUAAUGAGUAGUGGCUUUCCUCUUACAAAUCACUGUCAUUAUUCUGUAUCCUGUGAAUGUCAAUGUAAAAGCUCUUGAAAUGACUCACAUACGAAGACCAGGUCAAAGUGCUGGACUGACUCUCCUAUUGUCAUUCUCACGACAGCAGAGCUCACCUGUAUGUGCUACUUGACUAUUUAGCCCCACUGUCUCUCGCUCUGCGUUUACUAGUGGUGUUCUUCUCACUCAGUUCUCACUCUCUGACUCUCUCCGUUCCUCACCAGAAAUGUAAUCACUUCUGUGCAGUUUGAGUAGAGGAGGGUCAUUUCUCCUCUGCUCUGUUAAAUGUUAAGGAUAUCGAAGAUCAAAGGUGACCUCUUAUAGCAUAGCUUUUACGUAUAGUACAUCACCGUCCUCUCGGGACUCUGUUGUGUACCAUCACUACCCAUGUCUCAUACAGUAUGAUGAUGAGCCUAUGAAGGGAGUGGUGUCAACCUUGGUACUCUGGUGUUAAAGUUCCAGACAACGCAUUGAAAAGGUACAUUUUCAAAUAAUGAUUAACAUGAUCAAUCCCAUCUGAAAUCGAAAGGGACAAUUGCAGCCAAGACUGCCUUGUAUUAUCACGUUUGCACUGAAAUAAAUGCCUGGUCUUAGUCUCUGGUUGCUGUAAAAUCCAUCCAAGAAGGAUGAUCUGUUUAUAUUGAAAAUAUGUCAUGAAAUGCUGACAGUCCAUGAAAUGUCUUCCCUUCAAUAACAUUGUUUCUAAUUGUGACGGUAUGUCAUAUUGUAAAUUAUGUUUCUGUCAUGCCUAGUAAAAUAAUUUAAACAAUAAGAGGGAUUUUUUAUUUCUGUAAUAUCUGAAAGUCUCCUUUUGUGUAGUAAUGGUGUUUACUGUUGUUGUAGUGUAUGUGAUAUACCCUUUGGGGAUUGUGUUACUUUUUAAGAUAAUAAAAUAACAUGUUUGGUUA